GAGAGAGCUGCUGUCAUGGUGACCAAGAAGUGGGUUUCAGCACUUCUGCUUGUGCAGCUGUGCUGUGUUGGUUGUGGAUUGUGUGGGAAGGUCCUGGUGUGGCCCUGUGACAUGAGUCAUUGGCUCAACAUGAAGAUCAUUCUGGAGGAACUCAUGGCAAGGGGUCAUGAGGUGACGGUGCUGGUUCCUUCACACAAUUACAUCAUUGACCACAACAAGCCUUCCACACCAAACUUCAAGGUAGUUUCAGUGCCAAAUGAUGGAGAAAGAGCUAAGAAUUUACUAAAUGAAUUUUUGGAUGAAGCCAUUACUGGCAUGUCAAAACUGUCAUACUGGCAAUCAGCAAUAAAACUACAAGAGUUGGUCCUUCAGUCAACUGGAGAUGUGAAAUUUCUGUGUGAGAAUGUUGUGUACAAUCAGACACUCAUGAAGAAUCUCAAGGAAACUAACUACAAUGUAAUGAUUAUAGAUCCUGUGAUGCCCUGUGGAGACCUUGUAGCUGAGUUGCUUGCAAUCCCCUUUGUGCACACAUUAAGAACUUCUAUAGGUAGCAAGUUGGAGAGAUAUUGUGGAAAACUUCCAGCUCCACCUUCCUAUGUGCCUGUUCCCAUGGCUGUACUAGAAGACAAGAUGACCUUUCAGGAAAGACUGAAAAAUCUGAUGCUUUCCCUUUUUUAUGACCUCUGGCUCCAGCAAUAUGAUGUUCAGAUUUGGGAUCAGUUUUACAGUGAAGCAUUAGGAAGACCCACUACAUUAUGUGAGACUGUAGGGAAAGCUGAAAUUUGGCUAAUUCGAACAUUUUGGGAUUUUGAAUAUCCUCGUCCAUAUUUACCUAAUUUUGAGUUUGUUGGAGGAUUGCACUGCAAGCCUGCCAAACCUUUACCUAAGGAAAUGGAAGAAUUUGUCCAGAGCUCGGGUGAAGAUGGUGUUGUGGUGUUUUCUCUUGGGUCAAUGGUCACAAACCUCACAGAAGUAAAGGCCAAUCUCAUUGCCUCUGCCUUUGCACAGAUUCCACAGAAGGUUUUAUGGAGAUACAAAGGAAAGACACCAGCCACAUUAGGAGCCAAUACUCGGCUCUAUGACUGGAUGCCCCAGAAUGAUCUUCUUGGUCAUCCUAAAACAAAAGCUUUUGUCACUCAUGGUGGACUGAAUGGAAUCUAUGAAGCUAUUUAUCACGGGGUCCCUAUGGUGGGAAUUCCCCUGUUUGCUGAUCAGCCUGAUAACAUUGCACAUGUGAAGGCCAAAGGAGCAGCUGUGGACGUGAACAUGAACACAAUGACAAGUGCAGAUUUGCUCAGAGCUUUGAGAACAGUCAUUAACGAACCCUCUUAUAAAGAGAAUGCUAUGAGGUUAUCAAGAAUCCACCAUGACCAGCCCGUGAAGCCCCUGGACCGAGCGGUCUUCUGGAUCGAGUUUGUUAUGCGCCACAAAGGAGCCAAGCACCUCAGGCCAGCUGCCCACGACCUCACCUGGUUCCAGUACCACUCUCUGGAUGUCAUUGGGUUCCUGCUGGCCUGUGUGGCAACUGCUAUAUUCUUGGUCACAAAAUGCUGUGUGUUCUCUUAUCAAAAAUUUGGUAAAAAUGGAAAGAAGAGAAAGAGGGACUAGAUCCUUCCAUUUCAGCAAAUGCCUAAGUGGAGCAAACCUACUUAUUCUAGUCACAACAAGCUUUUUGAGAACUUUUUGCCUCCUUCUUUUACAGUCCCCGUUCCACUACCUUACCCUAGUGGCAAGGCCAAGACUUCAACAUUAAGUAGUGAGCGUGUCCCAUUCUUCCUUUGUCUUUUCCAGGAUACUUUACUGUCUUCCUCCCACUGUCUUGACACAGGGGUACUAAUAAUGAUAAUACAUUCUAUUAGAAUAUCUAAUAUGUUCUAAAAUCAAUAUCUUCAUUGUUUAACCUUAAGUGAUAUACCGACUAGCAAUAUGCUGACCAUUAGAGGACACAACCUGUGAGCUGAAUUCAGUGGAUGCAGGGAACUCAGAAGAGUAAAAUUCACAAGUUCUCUUACACCACCCAAAUCAGGGACACAUCAUAGAACUUUAGUUUGCUAUGAGAAAUUAAUAAUUUUUUACAAUUAAAACAAGCCUUUCUGCUUGCCACAUUCUACUGGGGUUAUAGAUUGAUAAUAAAUGUGAUCGGGCAUCACACUAGGAAACAUUCAUGACAUUUCAAUAAAGCUCAUCUAGAAUAUCAUGGCCUAAGUUUCUGCCUAUAAACAACAAAUGUCCUCGUCUGCCCUCUGUAUGCAAUGGACAGUUUUUGGCACUGCUUUCAAACAAUUGAGAGAAUCAGCGUCAUUAAUUUUUCUCAAGGAUAGAAUAUUAUCAAUUUUUUCAAAGGUGAAUAUAUCAUUUUGGGAGAAAAAACUAUAAAAACAUAUACAAAUAUGUUACUAAUUUUAUGAAACUUUUAAUCAACAGUACAAUUGAAAACCUUAGAGUUAACUGUUGACAUUAAAUUUAAAAAUCACUUGUAUUCAUAAUCUCUCUUAUCACCAUAUAUACAAUCAAAAGUAUAGUUUUUCUGUGAGAAAGGAAGAAAUAUUUACUCUGCAAAUGAGAUCAUUAUAUUGUUUUCCAGUCCCUUUAUUUACAAGGGUAAACUCAUCAAUUAAUCAUCUGUUUUGCUUAGGAUACAAGAUAUUGGAUGACCUGCUUGACUGAGAAUAUGGUAUAAUUUAUUUAUAAAUAUAAAGCUCUAAACUAAGGGAAAUAUUUAUAUUUAUUCAGAUUGUCAUUAAUUUAACAUAUCUACUAAAGUUUGCAGUUGCUUACCCUUAUAUGAGCUUAAUGACCUAAAGUUUUAAUUUUAGAAUUUUAUACAGUUUUAAAGACAUAAGUGACCUCUAAAUGGCUUACUGAAAAUUCUGAAAUAGCUAUACAUUUUAAUAUGAUAUAUUUGGAAAUUACUGCCUAUAUAAAAAUAACUUUAUGAUGGAAAAUGUAUU